GCCCCGUGCUCUUGUUCCCAGGGGUGCUAGCGGUUCACCCGGAAGUAGAUUCUAGUGUUUUGCUAUACUGCCGGUGAAAAUUUUAACGGUACAAACUCUCCGCUUGCAGACCGGCCCGGUGAUGUUGUGGCACGAAGGGAAAUGGCUUGAAAUGUAACUACUACAGGUUGUGCAGGUGUAACGUGGUUAUGGAGACUGUGUGAGCCAUGGGCCUGUCCCUCAGGAGGAGGUUGUGUCUGCUCCUCCUGCUGUGCCUCGUAGUGGCCAUGCUGACUUUCCUCUUAAACCCUUCCACUGUGAACAAACAGAAACAAGACUCUGUCAGAAGUGUUCAGAAAAGUAUGGUUGUCAACAGCAAGAUAAAAAGAGUCACUGGUCAUAGAAGAAGAGAAAGUCUCCAUCCAAAAGAAACACCUGUCCAAAGGCCUCUUUAUACCUGGGACAACUGCACUGACUUGCUGCAGAGGAACCAAAGUGCAGUAGACCUCAGCGAGUCUAGCACAGCUCUGUCACACGUUGAUCACUUACAUGUUGCUGCUGCUAGCUGUGUUCAGUAUACUCAAUAUUGGCAGUGGGAUUCUUCAUCUGGAAUGGACACACAAGACUUUCCCAUAGCAUAUAUCAUCGUCGUGCAUAAAAAUGCUGCUCAGGUAGAACUAUUACUGCAUUCCAUCUACACUCCGUACAAUAUAUACUGCAUACAUGUGGACAAACGGUCUCCGUCCGCAUUCAGAGCUGCACUGUCGGCAAUGGCAGGCUGCUACGACAAUGUUUUUAUUUCCCAUCGCCUGGAGUCAGUUGUGUAUGGUGGCUACAGUAGACUAAAGGCAGACUUCAACUGUCUGCAAGACUUGGCUGACUCACCCGUGAAGUGGCGCUAUGUGAUCAACCUGGCCGGACAGGAUUUCCCUCUCAAGACACAGAAUGAGAUUGUUGCACAGCUGAAAGUGUUUGGUGGACAGAACGACAUUCCCGGUGUCCAGUCCUCCAGUGACAUCCAUGGUGACAGGACACGCUUUGUCCAUGAUGUAGUCACAAACGAUGGUGAGAUGUCUGUGGUACAGACAGAAAAGAGGAAAAGUCCCCCUCCCCACAACUUGACCAUUUACACUGGCAUUGCAUACUACAUCGCCAGUCAUGCCUUCAUGAGCUGGGUGCUGACAGACAAGGUAGCCAAGGAUCUGCUGGAGUGGUCGCAGGACACAUACAGCCCAGAUGAGUUCUACUGGGCCACCCUGAACAAGCUUCCAGCGGCUCCUGGAGGAUUUUCCAAGCCCACGUGGUCGUCUACAAUCCGUGCCAUCAAAUGGGUGUACUUCGAGGGCAAACAGUACCCGCCUUGUCAGGGGAAGUACGUGCGCGACGUGUGCGUCUUUGGUAUCGGAGACCUGCAGUGGCUGAUAGACUGCCAUCACCUGUUCGCCAACAAGUUUGACCUGAACUUUGACCCAGUCGUCCUGCAGUGUCUGCAGGAGUUGCUGAAGCUUAGAGGGGAACGUCCGUAUGAUACCAGGUUCACUGUCAAGGACUUUCCAAGAAAGGACAUUCCAUGGCUGCUACUGUAACAAUAGUUUUCUUUGGUGUUCUCCAACACUUGUGACUAAAUAUUCUGCUUGGUUGACGUGAACAAAACACAUGACACUGGCAAUUUAGUUUUUUUCUAGUACAUACAAGGCUCCCACAUGAAGCUAGAGGAAGGUGGUUCUGUUACAAAGUCUGGGAAAGGGUGGAGCAAUCUGAAAUUGAAAAUUGACAAUGUGAUGCAGCAGCAGCAUCAUUAGCCCACCGCUUUAUAAGGAGAGCCAUGCCAGGUAAAAUUGUACUACAUGUAGUCAUGUGGCCUGGCUGAUCAUAUUUGUUUCAAUGGAGCUGAACAGACAGGACAGAACAUGUGGCAAAGCAAUCAUUUCUAUUUUGAUACACCUGUAGAAAAACAUUGCCGUAAAAGUCCUGUAACAUUCCUCGAAUGAGAAUCCCUGAAAAAAUACUCUUGACUACUAGUAUCUGCAGGCAUUCCCAAGGAAGAAAAGAUGACUCAAGUAUAAGAAAGUGUGGAUAUUUAAUUCAAAUCAAACACCAAUUCAUAACCGCAAUUUCAUUACAUUCAUUUCAAACUAUAGAUACAGCAAAGUUUAUUUCACAUAUAUUAACCCCUCUGAAUCUCUUAUUACAGGUGAAGGUAAUUCAUACAUUUGUAUUUACAGCUGUAAUGUUAUGUGUGUUACAGGAUCAUGGAAAAUGUCAUUAUGUCCCGUCUGUCCAAAAUCUAAAACUCGAAUACAAUUCCUCAAAACAUGAAAGCUUUUAGGAAUACAGAUGCAGAAAUAUA